AUGGCACCCACAAUCCGAGUAAUUGGCUCCCUAAACGCCGACAUGGUCUCAGUGACCCCCCGCUUCCCCUACCCGGGCGAAACCAUAACCGCCUCAUCCUAUUUCCAAAGCGCAGGCGGCAAAGGCGCAAACCAAGCCGUAGCCUGCGGCCGAAUGUCCCGCGAAAAGCCCUCCCCCGAACACACAGGCCUCAACACCUCCAGCGACGUGCAAGUCGAAAUGGUCGGUGCCGUCGGCGGCCAAGACGGCCACUUCUCCGCGCUACUAAAGCCAACACUUGAAAAAUCCGGCGUCAACCCAUCCCGCGUCCGCAUAAUCUCAGACGCCUACACAGGCGUAGCAGUGAUAAUUGUCGACUCCUCCGCUUCCGGCGAGAACCGUAUCCUCUUUUCCCCCGGUGCAAACUACACAGGCAUGCAACCUAUCCCCGACGUCCUGGGAAUGGCACUCGCAGCUCCAGUCCCCGAUGUAAUUGUCAUGCAGGGCGAAAUCCCAGUUGAAACAAUCAUCUGGACACUAAGGGAAAUAGCAACAUUCAAGACGAAGAACCGCACAUCUGGUAAACGAGGCAUCGAGCGAGGUCCAGACGUAAUGCUGAACCCAGCACCUGCACCACCAUCCGGUCUCCCAGAAGACGUCUACUACGCAGUGGACCAUCUAAUCCUCAACGAAACAGAAGCGGAGCUAAUGACUCCACCAGCCGAGCAAUUACUCCGCAUAGUUCCCGAAGCGAACGGAUUAGAGAGCAAGGAGAAAGUAGCUCGGUAUUUCCACAAGCUAGGCGUGACUUAUGUGCUUAUUACGCUUGGCUCGAAGGGAGUUUGGUAUAGUGCUACGGACGGUGGGACUUCUGGGCCUGCGGAUGGGGUGAAGCGCUUUACAAAUGAGAUUCCGGCUGCGCCCGUGUCGAGGGUUUUGGAUACUACUGCCGCGGGCGAUACGUUUGUGGGGGCUUAUGCAGUGAAGAUUGCGAGGUGGCGGGAACAGAGACGUGCGGAGGGGAAAUCAGGACAAGAUAUUACGGAUGAGGAGAAGCCGGGGAGGUAUGGGGAUGUUAUGGAUGAGGCCAUGCGGAUUGCUGCGCGGGCGUCUGCUCGGGCUGUAGAACGACAGGGUGCGAUGGAUAGUAUUCCGUUUGAGGAUGAAGUUUAA